GGUUCCAGUCAAGUGUGUGAUGCAAUGGAAUACUUGGCCAAACAAUUUGGUGACGUGAGCGCGCUGGUUUUUGUAGCCCCUGGGAUUGUCAACAACAAAAACAUGAAUGAGCUAUCUCGCCGGUCUGAAGUUUCCUGUCGCACGAGGAAUUGGAACACACUGUGUUCCUAUUCCUCGCGCGCAGAACCAGGCAGCAGAGCCGAAUGAUGAUGCGAUCAUUUCUGAAAUUCAAAAGUGUGCAAAGUCUCCACGUGGUGCAUGUGUAGCCUUGUUCACCAAUGACAAAGGCUUUGCCAGUGUGAUUAAGCAUAGCAUGUCUGACAAGCAUCGGUUCUACGUGCUCAUUAAGAGCACUUCGUUCGCCGUUGCUGAUUUUUACAAGGAGCAAGGCAUACCAGUGUUGACUUUGCCAGUGGAGGCACGAUUAACAACAGUCAAAGCAAUCCUUCAUCCUGAUGGGGAUGGGACAGUGGAGCUUGGGGAAGCCAUUGAUCCAUCGGCAAAUCGGGCGAGGAGGGUAGCGAUGUACGACUCCUGGGAGGAACUUCUGAAGGGCCAAGGCUGUUCAGCAUCCUUUUCAUCUUCAGGCGGAUAUCCAGUGCAAAGAAUCGCCAAAUUUUGGUUUGCAAACAGCUUAGGUUCGUUGUGUGUUUUCCCUUUGUCAGUUGGCACUUUCGCCUUGAACAGUGCUCUUCGUCAACGACCUCGCAAAUGGAUCUCGGACACUGAAUCCUUCGCACUUGUUGUACCAGUCAGACGUGGCAAGUCCAAGUCGCAGCUGAACAAAUAUGGCAGCAGACUUGGGCGCAGUAUCUUUCUGGGCGGUGGUCCGUUCAUGUUGCAGGAUUCUGGUGAUUUGGUUGCCCAAGCAUUGAAGAAACUUGGCUACCUUGAUGACUCAUGGAACACGGACUUGACUGAGGCACUGAACUGCUUCUGGAAUGCCACUAACAAUAAGCACGUACUGCGAAAACUUGGGUUCUUGAUAGACCCACUUGAUACGGCAUCGGAUGCAGCUGCAAAGCUGAGAACAGCAUUGUUAUCUGAUAGCACCAAUGGGCGGUGGCAACGUGGUGGCACCUGUACGCACACUGCCAUAACAAUACUGAGGUCCAAGAAUCUCCUGCCAAGGAGUUCCAAAUCUCCAGCGAUGGACGAGACUUGGAGCGCGAUGAAGACCUACGCCAAGGUUCAUCAGUUGCCAAAGAUGAAAACUUUCAACGCUUUGGCUGCACAGAUCACGCGCCAUUUUCAUCAAACUGAUCCGAGCAGAAGAGGGAACAUUGUCAUCAAAGGAUGAUGCUUUGUUAUCGGAAGCGGUUCCCAUGGACUGCUGGGAUGCCAGCUGCGAACACAGAAAAGAUCGCCAGAUUGCAGGCUUACAAUUUGACAAA